CACACAUGGCGACAAGAAUCAAAAUGAUCUUGUCUCUUGCCAUCUGUGCCGUGCUCGCACUCGUGCACCUUCCGUUCACCACGGCUGGCGGCGGCGAGGGGGCGGCGCCAUUCGACUACAAGAAGGCGCUCCACAGCAGCCUUCUCUACUUCGAGGCGCAGCGAUCGGGCCGCCUGCCGCACAACCAGCGCGUCAAGUGGCGCGGCCACUCGGGCCUCGCCGACGGCCUGCAGCAGGGCGUGGACCUCGUGGGCGGGUACUACGACGCCGGCGACAACGUCAAGUUCGGCCUGCCGAUGGCGUUCACGGUCACCAUGCUGUCGUGGAGCGCCAUGGAGUUCGCGGACGACAUCGCUGCCGCCGGCGAGUGGCGACACGUGCUGGAGGCCAUCAAGUGGGGCACCGACUACUUCGUCAAGGCGCACACCGAGCCGUACGUGCUCUGGGCCGAGGUCGGCGACGGCGACACCGACCACUACUGCUGGCAGCGGCCCGAGGACAUGACCACGUCGCGGCAGGCCUACAAGGUCGACCGCGACAACCCCGGCUCCGACCUCGUCGGCGAGACCGCCGCCGCGCUGGCCGCGGCCUCCAUGGUGUUCCGCCGCUCCAACCCCCACUACGCACAAGUUCUCCUCCACCACGCCGAGCAGUUGUUCGAGUUCGGGGACAAAUACAGGGGAAAGUACGACAGUAGCAUCGGCGAGGCGUAUAGCUACUACGCGUCGGUGAGCGGGUACGGCGACGAGAUGCUUUGGGCGGCGCUGUGGCUGCACCGGGCGACGGGGAAGGCGAGCUACCUGGACUACGCCGUGGACAUGGCCGACGAGUUCGGCGGCACCACCUGGGCCAUCACGGAGUUCAGCUGGGACGUCAAGUACGCCGGCCUCCAGAUCCUCGCCACCAAGGUGCUGCUGGAAGGGAAGCACCCGGAGCACAAGGCGACGCUGGAGAAGUACAAGGCCAAGGCGGAGCACUACCUCUGCGCCUGCCUCAACAAGAACGGCGACGCCGGCAAUGUCAACCGCACGGCCGGCGGCAUGCUCUUCGUCCGGCAGUGGAACAACAUGCAGUACGUGACCAACGCCGCCUUCCUCCUCACCGUCUACUCCCGCUACCUCACCUCCGCGGGCCAGGAGCCGCCGGUUCUGCAGUGCCCCGAUGGGCCAGUACACGCCGACAAGCUGCGGUCCCUGGCGCGGGCGCAGACCGACUACGUCCUCGGCGCCAACCCUGCCGGCGUGAGCUACUUGGUCGGGUACGGCACGCGGUUCCCGCGGCGGAUGCACCACCGUGGCGCGUCCAUCGUGUCCCACCGCGGCGACGGCAGGUUCAUCGGGUGCAUGCAGGGGUACGGCAACUGGUUCCUUCGGAGGGGUGCGAACCCGAACGUUGUCGUCGGCGCCAUCGUCGGCGGGCCGGACCACCUCGACCGGUUUAGGGACAGGCGCGACAACUACAUGCAAACGGAGGCGUGCACGUACAACACCGCGCCCAUGGUUGGCAUCUUCGCACACUUGCACGGCGAAACGGCCAUCACGAAGAAAAGCUGAACAGGAAGAAGAGUUCUAAGAUUAGUGUGCAGUUUUGUAGAACUGAUGUAGGUUAACUGUUGGAGUGUUUGUAUUGGCAGAGAGGUAGAGAGUGCAGGGUAGUGGUGCCUGUGGUUUGCAAACAAGAUGGAUAGAUUGCAUGGCUGCAGGGCAGGCAAAAAUGCUAAACGUACGGGCCUCUUACAGGAGUUUUACAGGCCCUUUCCUAAUAAUCUCUCCAGCCCCCCUGAUUUUCACCCGGGUGGGGCCCGUCCCUCCCCCCUUAAUCCAAUCACAACUUGACAAAUCAGUAUCACCCCGUAAAACGCCCGUAACCUUCCGUCGAUGUAGGGCAGGGUAGUUGGCAUCUUCGCACACUUGCACGGCGAAACGGCCAUCACGAAGAAAAGCUGAACAGGAAGAGUUCUAAGAUUUUUUUUCUUUUCUUUUGCGAAUAUGAAGAGUUCUAAGAUUAGUGUGCAGUUUUACAAAAUUGAUCUAGGAUGUUUUUUUUGUUGGUUUAGUUUAACUGCUUAGAUUGUUCAUAUUGGUAGGGAAAGUAGAGAGUGCAGAGUAGUGGUGCAUGAGGUUUGCAAACAGGAUGGAUAGAUUGCAUGGCUGCAUAGGCCAGCAUUUGAAACUGCAUGCACAUAUCAGUUUAGAAGAGAACAUUCUCAAAGCAUCUCCAACAACAGGCGCACAAAAGUUUCACGGUCUAAAAUAGUUUUAGCACAUCGCUGUAGCAUUUUAGCGCACCCAGACCAACAUUGCUUUACCAGAUGCCCAAAAACACGCGCCAAAAAAAGACGCAGUGUAAAUUGUGAAGCACACGCAAUCCGACGCCUCAAAUUUGCAGCAUGCGAUAACAUUUUUCAGCGUGCGCUCAACCCUUUUUUGCGCGCACUAUUUUACAGCUUUUGCUGGAGCUGUCCGGCGUCCAAAAAAACCUGAAUUUUAGCACGCAGAGCAGUUUUUGGGCGCCUGUUGGAGAUGCUCUCAUGGAGCAAAAUUCUUCGUCGCUGGCUAUUGAGAAACAGUAUAACGGGGCUACCUAGGAGCCUCCACAGCGAUUUCAUUGUCUCAGCCGUCGGAUCAUCUAAUAUACGAUGCAGAUCAAAUUCGGGCGUCCCUGCUCGCGUCACGUGCCGUCUCGUGGGCCGCUGCUCCGCGGAACAACCUCCUCUUCCUCUCAGUAAUCGAGCCGUCAAGGCCCACUUAUUCCCACUCCGACGAUAACAGCCCAGGUUGCCAGGUUUCACCGCUAUCGCCCCCGAUCGUUCCUCUGUUCCUCCGCGCAGCCGUCCUUCCUCCUCUCGAUGCGCCGGCCUUCGUCUUUCCUGGAUGCGCCGGCGAUCCGCAGGUUCGCCUAGGAGGCUAGGACUCGAGAGAGAAGAGAGGUCGGGCCCUCGACUUACACAUCCACUCCGGCCGCCCCGAAGCUUCCACGCCACUUCCUCUUUCGGUCGCUUCUCUGCGCUGGGAUAAGAAGAGAUGAAGAUGCGAUGAGGAGCACCCGAUAGAAUGGGAUGGCAAGUAAAACAGGGACGUGCUUCAGCGGCCAACAUCUCCUCGCUGGUGUUCUUGCGUGGCUUGACGGCACUAGCUCCCUUUCAAGCACAGGUUCAAACCCUCUCCAAUGUUUUGAAGUACUAUCCAUCACAACAUUGUUCUUUUGAAAAUGUAUUACCAUUUGUACUACCAAUAUGGCAAUCCCUGGUGUUUAGUGCUCCAGCAAGAAUUAGUGUGUACUCCUGUCUCCUGUCCAUGGGAAAGAACGGUGUAUCUUUCUGUUAGCAACAGAAGAAUAUAUCAUAUGGCCAAAUGCUACCAAAAACAAAAA